CAUCCUGCCUUGCGAAUGAUCCUUGGAGGUCGGUGCUCGAAAGGGGAGCGAAGAGUUUCAUUGCGAGGCCCGGAACUGGCGUCUGCUUCUACCCGGAGAAGCCUGACUGAGGAGCCGGAGUGAUUUCUAUUGUCCCCUCUGCUCAGUCCCAACUUCCGCUUGUGAGGAACUGGCCUUUGUCUUUCCAACCUAAGGGGAUCUGGACUCAACAUCCCCACAUGCGUAAGUGGCCAGUCUUUGCUUUAAGACAAAAUCUGGCAGAUGAAGAAAGUGACCCUUUGGACAUGUUGGAGCAGGAAUUGAAGUUGGGAGAGCAAGAUCCAGCUGGUGCUGGAGUAAGAAGGAGCCCCAAUGCCAUCAGAUGUGGGAGCUAUGGGGAGUUCUGGGACAGGACCGUGCAAAAGGUCAUAGUCAAGGAGGAGACCCUCACCCUGGAUCUCCAGUGCCAGCGUUUCAGGGGGUUCCGUUACCAAGAGGCCAAAGGGCCCCAAGAGGUCUGCAGCCGACUCCACCAUCUUUGCUGUGAGUGGCUGAAGCCGGAGCAACACACCAAGGGUCAGAUCCUGGACUUGGUGGUCCUGGAGCAGUUCCUGGCUGUCCUGCCCUUGGAGAUGGAGAGCUGGGUGAGGAAAUGUGGAGCGGAGACCAGUUCCCAGGCGGUGGCCCUGGCCGAAAGCUUCCUCCUGAGCCAGGCAGAGGUUGUGAAGCAGGAAGAGCAGGAGGGCCUGUUUGAAGAAGAGGCCUCUGAUUUCCCUGAGGCAGAGAAGGCCCCAUUGGGCUCUCAGCAGAGGCUGCUGUCCAAGUGGAUCAAGCAGGAGGAGGAUGGAGGUACCACCUUGCAGGGAGAUAUAUCAACAGCACCAGCAAUAUAUUCUACCUCAUCUCUUCCUUCUGGUCCAGUGGAAACAGCAUCUGGGCAAUUGGAUCAGGUUUCCUUUAAGGAGGCGGCUAUGCAUUUCAUUGAAAAGGAGCGGGUCCUGCUAGAUCCAGGCAAAAGGUCCUUGCACUGCACAAUCAUGGCUGAGAACUGUAGUGCUGUGGCCUCUCAGGGUGGAAAGAGCUCUAAUGGGAAGAGAACUCUAACUAAUCAUCAAGGAAAUCACACAGGGAAGAAACCAUAUACAUGCCUGGAGUGUGGGAAAAGCUUUACACGGAAGAGAAGUCUCACUAUACAUCAAAGAAAUCACACAGGUGAAAAGCUGUAUAAAUGUCUGGAGUGUGGGAAAGGCUUUACACAGAAGGGACACUACAUUACGCAUCAAAGAUCUCACACAGGGGAAAAGCCAUUUAAAUGCCUGGAGUGUGGGAAAAGCUUUGCGCAGAAGGGACACUUUACGGCACAUCAAAGAUCUCACACAGGGGAAAAACCAUAUAAAUGCCCAGAGUGUGGGAAAGGUUUUACACAGACAACACACCUCACUACACAUCUGAGAUCUCACACAGGGGUUAAACCAUAUACUUGCCUGGAGUGUGGGAAAAGCUUCAGUGUGAAGGCAACCCUCCGUUCCCAUCAAAGAUCUCACACAGGAGAGAAGCCGUAUAAGUGUCUGGAGUGUGAAAAAAGCUUCAGUAUGCUUGCAAACCUUAGAAGACAUGAAAGAAUUCAUGCUGGGGAGAAGCCAUACAAAUGCUUCACAUGUGGAAAGGGCUUCAGUAAGAAGGCAAGUCUAAAUGAUCACCAAGAACGUCACAUGGGGGAGAAACAAUCCACAUACAAAUUCUUUUAAAUAAAUAUCCGUGCUCGGUGUGUGUAAAGAACUUUGCACAGAAGAGAAGCCUCACUAUACAUCAAAUGAGUCACACUGGAGAAAAGCCAUAUAGAUGCCUGCAAUGUGGAAAAAGUGAUAAUUAUAGGAAAAACCUCUCCUACCACACACCAUGUCACAUGAAAUACAGGGAGUGCAGAAACAACUUCACUUGGAAGAUGACAUUCACUGCACAUCAAAGAACUAACAUAGUGUGGACAUUGUAGAAGGCCAGGAGAUUAAUUCCAUAAAGGAAGCCACAGACCUGAAUGUACAAGAUCUGAUCAGGGUGCUUUAUAACAGAUACUACUGGAGAUCACUGAUUCUUAGGGUCAUAAGUCAUAAUCGACUUGAAGGCACAUAAUAACAAAAAAGAGCAUAGGAUGACCUACGAACACAAUAAAAUCCUUGGCUCAGUUUUUGAGUGGCUGAUGGUGAAUGUACUGAAUCUUAAUCCAGACAAGGUGGGGGAUAGCAUUAGUUGGAGUUCUGUUGAUGCACUGGGAGGGGCAUGGAGAGGAAGUGUUCACUCUCUUUUUUGCUCCCGGGCUUAAUUCGUAGUGUGGAUCUUGACCUUUUUAAAGCCCUGAACAGCCUGGGGACCAGAGUAUCCCAUGCUUAUGAGUGCUGUGACUUUGUCAGCAUGAGCAUGAAACACAUGAGCUGAUUUUCCUUAGCACAGUUUUUUUUUUCUUAAUCUGUGAUUGAUUUGUUCCAGUACAGAAGAGGCAAUAUUUGGCCACUGGGGAGUAUUUCACCCUUCUUCCCAAGAGCACAGCCAGUUCUACCGAGAUUGCUGUGCAGAUGCCCUGAAAUGUUGCUGUGCGACAUAGCGAGUGAGACAGCACCCAUCAUUUCCCCCAUCUCUCUUUUUGGGUAGUGAUCUGGCAGCUGGUGAUCUUGAGCAUCAGAAAGACAGGGAGUGCAGAAGGGACUUCCCCAAAGCUUUGUGUGUCAGAUUCCCCUCAAACCUCGCUCCUUCUCUGAAAUCUUUGGCUUAAUCUCCUGCUCAUAAUCCCAGACAGGAACUCAAGUAAAGCCUAAAAUCAAAACCACUGGAACCGCUUAUUGAAUUAUCACUUGGGAAUCUUCCCCCACUUCAGUUAAUGCAUCUCACCACCCCACACCCCCCGUUGAUUGGCUCUCUGUGUCAUGUACCAUCACAGAGGUGGUUCCAGGUGCGUUUCCACCUGAGACACCUAGAAAAACCUGAGCUUUGUUGACUUGUGGAAAUUUGGAAAUCGCUUUUGACUGGUUAAAUGCUAGCUAGUUGUUGCCCCAUUACCUAAGCAUCCCUGUAAUGUGCGAAUAAUAAUUAGCAGUGAAUCCUGAGGCUAUCAGCAAACGAAACAUUCCUCUUCCCCUGCAAUCCUUUUUUUCUUAUCCCUCUGUAAGGGAUUUUUUAUUGUUAUUAUUUCUGAUGGUGUUUGGUUGGAAAAGCUGGGGGCGGGGUUGUGAAUUGUGUUUGAGCUGUCUUUUCGCAUCAAUCUUUCUGUUAGAUUUCUAAGCCACCCUGGAAUACAGGCGGAGUAUAAAUGUCCGAAUAAACAAAUAAAUCUUU